GUUCUUUCACCCACAUACAUUCACAAUUAACAACCAUUGUUCGUAAAGGCAGUGGUCGAUAAAUCACCACAUUUUGUUUGCAUAGCCACAUUGUGUGAUUCACUGUUGCCAGAAUUUUGACUUUACAUCCUUCCUCUUUCACACGAAACCCUCUCAUAGCCCCCCUUGACAAUUUCCAAACAUGAGGGCACAACUCUUUGUAUAAAUUUAAAAGUGCUGUUCAAACAAUUCCCUAUCUCCAAAACUCUUUGCCAUGUCUUCAAGAAUUCUUCAGUGGCUAAGCCUUGUGGGGAUCAUAUGGCUUCAAUCCAUAAACGGAACAAACUCAAAUUUUCCUGCCUACUCUUCUCAGCUCAAGCAACUCCUUUCCAUAUCCCAAGUACAACUCAACAACCUUGCCUUUGCCUCCGAUGCAGGAAAGCUCUUUGGUUGUUUUGCGGGCAUUGCAUCUAUUUACCUACCCCUUUGGCUAGUCCUUAUCAUCGGUUCUACUCUAGGUUUGAUUGGUUACGGAGUACAAUAUCUCUUUCUAACCAACCAAAUUUCUUCACUGUCUUAUGGCCAUAUCUUCUUACUCACUGUUAUUGCAGGAAAUAGUAUAUGUUGGAUUAACACUGUCUGUUAUGUUAUUGCUAUACGAAACUUCCCUUCUAAUCGCCAGAUUGUGGUGGGGUUGACAACUAGCUAUGUUGGUUUAAGUGCAAAGAUCUAUACAGAUAUUGUUGAUGCCAAGUUUUCUUCUUCACCCACUGAAAGAGCUAAAGCCUAUCUCCUUCUCAACUCUAUAUUACCUGUCAUAAUUUGCGUCAUAGCGUCCCCACUAGCCAGAGUAGUUGAUGUUAAAAAUUCUAGAAAUAUGGGAGUUGGGUUCAUUACAAUGUUUGUGAUAACAAUAGCCACUGGAGUCUAUGCUGUGUUCAGUAGUUUGGAGUUCAUGUCGAGUAAAUUAUCUUCAAUGAGUAACGCCAUUGGCAUUUUCGUGUUCCUAUUAGCCCCGCUAGUCAUUCCGGUAGUUGAAAAAAUUAUGGAGGUAGUGAGAAAAUUGAAUAUAAAAACCGAAAUGAAAGUGUAUGAUUUUACCAUAGAAGACAAUGAAGGUGCAGAGAGAAUGGAGAGUGGGGUCAAAGAGAGAGAAGAAGCUAGCGAAGAGGUACAUGAGGUUGGUGCUAAAGAAGAGAUUGGAGUGAAGGUGAUGCUAACAAGAUUGGAUUUCUGGUUAUAUUUCUUUGUGUAUUUCUUUGGUGCAACACUUGGGCUAGUGUUCUUGAACAACUUGGGACAAAUAGCUGAGUCCCGUGGCCACUCGGGUACAUCAACUUUGGUCUCAUUGUCCUCUUCUUUUGGGUUCUUUGGCCGACUCAUGCCGUCCUUGAUGGAUUACUUCUUCUCAAGGACAAAGCACAUGAUUUCUAGGCCAGCGACAAUUAUAGCAUUGAUGGCUCCAACAGCAGGAGCUCUCUUCUUACUCACCAACAGUGCCGACCUGUCACUCCACAUCAGCAGUGCCAUUAUAGGUGUGUGUAGUGGUGCAAUUACUUCGGUCGCUGUAUCUACAACCACCGACCUGUUUGGAACGAAGAAUUUCUCAGUAAAUCAUAAUAUUGUGGUGGCAAAUAUCCCAAUAGGAUCAUUUCUCUUUGGUUACUUGGCAGCUUGUCUUUACAACAAGGAAGGAAAUGGACAUGGAAAAUGCAUGGGCAUGGAUUGCUACAAAUACACUUUCAUCAUCUGGGGUUCCCUUUGUAUUUUGGGAACUUUCUUAGCUAUAGUUCUAUAUGCUCGAACACGAAAGUUUUAUAGGCAAAAAGUAUAGGAUAUAGGUAUACUCGUAUUUCCUAGUGCCUGUAAUACUACCCAAUGGCAUAUACCCUAAUAUUUGUUUUAAACUUUAAUUAAAAAAAAAAAAAAAAAAGGCUUCCAAGUUUUCUCAUGGUUGAGUAAAUUAUUUA